AUCUGCUAAGAUAUAUAGGACCAGGAAACUAACUGAAUAUACAACUCCAGUGAAGCAGAUCUUCAGACACAGAACUCGUUCUGCUUAGGAACUCCUCAGCGAUGGAGAUGCCAUUGAGUCAACCUCACUUCUCUGGGGCACUACUGGUACUGGUGGUCUCAAACUUGUUGCUUUGGGAAAAAGUUGCAUCAAUUCCUGCAUGUAUGGCAGAAGAGGGUGGUUGCUGGAACCCUCUUGUGGAAACAUUUAACAGUGCCGUCCAGAGAGCUGAAACUCUCCACAAUCUUGCUGACCAAUUAUACGUAGAACUUCACUACAACAAAUUCUCAUCUGGACAAUUUGCAUCUUUUAGUUCACAACUGAUUAGGCAGGACGAGACUGUCGUGAGAGCUGGAACUUACUGCCAUUCAAGUGUCACAAAAACCCCAAAUAGGGGAACUGAACACAUAACUAUUGAAAUAGCACCAUAUUUAAAAACUUUGAUCAAAUUUGUGGGUUCCUGGAUCAGCCCUCUCUACCAUCUAGUGCUUGAACUGAGUGCCAUGCAAGAUGUCCCUGAAACUAUACUCUCAAAAGUCAAGGAGAUUGAAGAGAACAACAGACAAAUCCUGGAUGACCUUAGGUGGAUUCUCACCAAGGUGUCUCCUAUAGAAGAGAUGGAGGAAAAUUUUCCUACCUGGGAGCAUCUUUCGUUCUUAAAAUCAAGUAGCAAAAAUAAUAAAUUUUUGGCAAUGUUUAACCUUUCCUACUGCCUAGAUUAUGAUACAAAGUACAUUCUACUUCAGAUUAAAAUAUUGAAGUGUCUCAUAACUGGGAAAGACUGCUAAGUGCACAUUUACACUGUCUGCUUUGGAGAUGUUCCACAACAGUUCAUUGCUAAGCAGUUGCUUUUAAUUAUAUACAUUUCAAAUGCAUGCUUGUGUAUAAUGAUUCUCUAAAAAUAAAUAAAAUCACUCUCUUUAGAA